UCGCGGAGGGACACGCGCAGUGGAGCGCUCUGACGGGAGGAGAAACACGCCCCAUGGCUCGUCUGCUGCGCUCCCCCUGGAGGAGCCUCGUCUCGGCGCCCGUCAGGAUCAUGUCCUCCGACCAGCUGGGUGAGAUUGGGAAAGGCGCAGGGAAGGGCGGCGGUGGCGGAGGCUCCAUCAGGGAGGCAGGAGGAGCCUUUGGGAAGAAGCAGGCGAGCGAGGAGGAACUCUACUUCAGGCGUAAGGAGCAGGAGCAGCUGGCGGCUCUCAGGAAGCACCACCAAGAGGAGAUCGAGCACCACAAGAAGGAGAUUGAGCGGCUGCAGCGCGAGAUCGAACGGCAUGAGGGCAAGAUCAGGAAGCUGAAGCAUGACGAUUAACCUGUCGGUCUGCGGCGGAGCUUUGAGACCUUUGUGCCACCCCCCCCUUGUCUGUAACGUCCACCUGUACUCUUAACUGUAUAGUCAUGUUCAGUAAAAGUAGCUGCGUGUUCAAA